AUGACAGAGCCUAUAUCUGAAUGGGAUAGACUUCGGUAUGUUCCGAAGCCCGGGGAGCCCGCAUUGCCUCCCCAGCUCUCUGAAUAUACAGAAAAGAGUACCGACGAUGUGAUAAAAGAGUUGAAUCGACUCCCAUUUUUCAUGACCGAGUUGGAUGAAACCGACGGGGAAGGUGGUGAAAACGCCAAUUUGGAAGCUCUCAAGAGUCUUGCUUAUGAGGGAGAGCCACACGAGAUAGCUGGUAACUUUAAGAACCAGGGUAAUGACUGUUAUAAGGCGAAACAAUACAAAAAUGCCGAAAUAUACUACACAAAAGGUAUUGAUGUUGAUUGCAAUGACAACGCUUUGAACGCUGCACUUUACUUGAAUCGAGCAGCAUGCAAUCUUGAGCUCAAAAACUAUCGUCGCUGUAUAGAAGACUGCAAAAAAGUACUCAUAUUGGAUGACAAGAACAUCAAAGCAUGUUUCCGGGCAGCUAAGGCGCUCUUCUUGGUAGAGCGUUAUGACGAGUCAAAACAACUUUUGAACUAUGGCCUCAGCAUUGAUUCCUCAAACACAUCUUUGCUUCAGCUUUCACGCCAAGUCGACGAAAAGGUAAAGAAAAUUGAAGAGGCGAAACAGCGCAAGGAAAAGGAGGAAAAUGAACGCAAAAUGAAGCAGUCCAUUCUAGACAACUCCAUCAAGUUGAGACACAUACAAGUGGUUAAAAGCACCCGUCCGCCUGAACUUCUCGAGGAAGCCACAAUACGCCUUGAAGACCCAACCGAUUAUGAAUCACAGCUUAUAUUUCCUGCUAUGAUUUUAUAUCCUACAAUUGACGAGUUUGACUUUGUCGCCGAGAUCAGUGAAUUAUCGACUCCAUCUGAAAUUCUCAGCAUUGUCUUCGAUAGACCUAAAGAAUGGUUUGAGGACCCCAAACACGCCGGCUUCAAACCUGAGAAAAUGGUAUGUUUUAUGGAGACAAUUUCAGGAGGACUUAUCAAAAUAGGCAAAAACGUUGCUAUCAACACAGCUUUGAUGGCAGACUCCCCGAAAGCACCACUUUUCGAUAACGGUCUCCGCUUAUAUGUGGUUACAAAAGAAGCUUCGAAGCAGUGGAUCUCCACUUGGGACAAACUGGUAGCCUUGGCGAAAAGACAGGUCGGCCAGUGA